GCAAGAUGAAGAAUGAAAUUGCUGCUGUUGUCUUCUUUUUCACAAGGCUAGUUCGGAAACAUGAUAAGUUGAAAAAAGAGGCAGUUGAGAGAUUUGCUGAGAAAUUGACUCUAAUACUUCAAGAAAAGUAUAAAAAUCAUUGGUAUCCUGAAAAACCAUCAAAAGGACAGGCCUACAGAUGCAUUCGUGUCAAUAAAUUUCAGAGAGUUGAUCCCGAUGUCCUGAAAGCCUGUGAGAAUAGCUGCAUCUUGUACAGUGACCUGGGAUUACCGAAGGAGCUCACUCUCUGGGUGGACCCAUGUGAGGUGUGUUGUCGGUAUGGAGAGAAAAACAAUGCCUUCAUUGUUGCCAGCUUUGAACAUGAAGAUGAAAACAAGGAUGAGAUCUCAAAGAAAGUUACAAGGGCCCUUGAUAAGGUUACCUCUGAUUAUCAUUCGGGAUCCUCUUCAGAUGAAGAAACUAGCAAGGAAAUGAAACCCAAAUUGGUGACUGCAACCCCCAGCCCUGUGUACCAGAUUUCAGAACUGAUAUUCCCACCUCUUCCAAUGUGGCAUCCUUUGCCUAAGAAAAAACCACCAAUGUACCGUGGGAAUGGCCAUCAGAGUCAUUACCCACCUCCUGUUCCAUUUGGUUAUCCAAAUCAGGGAAGGAAGAAUAAACCAUAUCGCCCAAUUCCAGUGACAUGGGUACCUCCUCCUGGAAUGUACUGUGACCGGAACCACUGGAUUAAUCCUCACAUGUUAGCACCUCACUAGCUCCUUUGUUUCUGUUAGUAUCACGGUGAAAAAAAGUAGAAGAAGCCUAUAUAUUACAAGUUCAAAGUUCAUACUUAUAGUAGUAAAGUUAGAUGGAUCAAACCAUCAAACUUAUUUUUAUAGAAAAGUUAUUGAGAAUAAUCUUUCUUAAAAAUAUAUAUAUUCACUUUAGAUAUAUUGAUAUAGUUUGAGAUACUUUAUUAAAAUUAGUCAAGUGCCUGAGUUUUUAAUAUUGAACUUGAGUAUUUAUAUAUUGUGCAUCAACUUUGUUUAAUAUGAGAACUCUGUAGGACUGGACAAUCUGUUUUAGCACCUUUGAGCAUUUACUUUAUGGAAAGUAUGUAAGUUAUUUAUA